AAUCAUUAACUAUUGGAUAUUCUUCUAUUUAUUGUCAUCGUGUUCUUACUCAAAAAGAUUUUCCAACUGGCCAUAUCUGUCCUUAUGUUUGUUGGAUGUCUUCAUUAUCAAUUAUUUUUCUUUUCUUUUUUAUUCGGUAGCAACUGCUUGUAUGCUUGUGGCAGGAAAGGUGACCAGCGAUACAAAAAUUAACACAAGAGAUGCUAUGAAUAUUUCUUACAGUAUUAUUCAUCCUGACGCACCACCAUUGGACAUUGGAGAACUUUCUUAUUCACUUAAAGAGGGUCUCAUCGAACUUGAGUUGGUUGUUCUCCGUUGUUUGCGUUUCCGGCUUAAUUUUGAACAUCCACAUCAAGAUGUUAUUCUAAUAAUCCGACUUCUUCGUGAUUGGUAUCCAAAUAUAUUUCUUCGACAACGAGACGAUAUUGAAAAGGUUACGGCUAUGCUCUUACAAGAUUUGUACGUUUAUCCAGAGAUUGUUCUUGACCAUAGACCGAGGACACUUGCUGUUGCUGUGAUUUCAUUGGCCUUCUCUUCUCUCAACCUUAACAUUGAAGACAUAGAAUGGGCACCAGUUUUUGUGCAGAAAUAUGACGAGAGGCGAAUGUACAAAAUUAAGAAGAAAAUUUUGGAACAAAUUUAUGAAAUUAAAAAUCUUUUAUAA